UGAGUGAUUCGGGGGGCGCGACUUUCAUAGAGUGGAGUACCUUAAACGCUAAAGACUUACGUGCAUGCUACGGAUAAUUCAUCGACAUCGAUCACCAUCAUCACAUUCAAGCAUUUGUGUAAGAUUGAAAGAUGGAGGACAAGAACAAGCUCCAAACGCCUUCUACGGCAUCUUCUGGCUCCUCUUCGGUCAAUAAUAGAGUAGCCCCCAGUCCAUUACCAGCAGAUGCAUUGGAUUACUUUAGUGAAACGGCUGCCAGAUUAGGCGGAAAUGGUGGAUCUACAGGCGUCAUGAUUCAAAGUCCCGAUGGAAGACCGGCAGGUAUAUUCUUUCAUCCAAGAACAAAUAGUGGCUUAGGAACGAGAACACCAGGCUCAGCUGCUUCUAGUAAUGGAGGUAAAAGACGUGGUAGCGCAGAAGAGCGAUUCGCGGCUGCAAUCAAUGCAAAUCGUGGCGGUCAACGUAGUAGUCAUGCCAGCGGAAGUGGAAGUAGCGGUGUAUCUUCACCUACGAAAAGAUCUCCAAAAUCUUCAGCUGGCGCUACGAUUGAGGGAGAGAAUGUCAAUGUCGGCGGAGAAAAUGCCAAUCAGGCUGGUCAACCAAGCAAGAGCAGAAAUGGCAGUGAAACGGGAGAGAACAAUAUACCAAAUAAUAACACGAAAGAACCAUCCGCAAGUGUGACCCGAUCGAUGGCAGGAACAAUCUCUAAUAAAUUGCCGGUAAACACAUCCAACGGUAAUAUAUUCUCGCCUCAGAUCGAAUUGCAAUCUUUGCUAACGAAACAAAAGCCGCCAACAGCAACUCCAUUGAUGUCUUUAGGUACUGCAGGCGAGCAUACCAGCUCGCCACAAUCUUUACCUGUAAAGGGUCUUACUGCAGCAGAAAAAAGUCAAGCUGCAUCCGGUUCAAAGAUUGAUACUCAGAACACAAACAAUGUUGAGAGACAGCAAGUCUCCACUCCACCGGAUGCAUCUUUGCCCAGCUCACAAGGUCCUUCUCUACUCAUGUCGCCGAGCCAACAGCAUGGAAGGCCGUCUUUUGGAAACGAAGCAGGUCAGAAUGCACGUCAAACGUUUACAUCUAAUCUUCCUACCGCUGUUGCCCGUCCCAGUGCACAACCUCAAUCGGGUUUGUUGAUAGGUGCAGGAUUCUCGCAAUCAAGAGCUCGUGGGAAUCUUGGUCCUAAAAGGACAGCAGCUUCGAUUGAGGUUCUACCGCCAAUUAAGGUACUGAUCGUCGAAGAUAAUCCAAUUAAUGUCAAGAUUUUGUCAACCUUUUUGAAACAAAGAAAGAUCAAAUUCGGUGUAGCUCGUGAUGGACGUGAAGCAGUGAAUGAAUGGCAGACGGGAGGAUACCAUUUAAUUUUGAUGGAUAUUCAGUUGCCGGUUAUGGACGGAAUUGAGGCAACCAAAGAAAUCAGAAAGAUGGAACAGCAAGCCAAUAUUGGAUCAGUCUCGCUAGCCACACCAGGUGUUUCAUCAGCAUCAUCUUCAAAUCGCGAGUUGAGUGCAUCGAAUCACUCUUCCAAUCACGCUUCAGCUGGUCCAGCAUCUCCUUCUGUCAUGCUGCAAAACAGUUUGCGUUCAUCUGUUAUCAUCGUGGCCUUGACUGCCUCUGUGUUGAACAGUGAUCGUGUGGCAGCUUUGGCAGCAGGUUGCAAUGAUUUCCUCAAUAAGCCUGUCAAUCUCAAUUGGCUGGAAAGGAAGGUGAUCGAAUGGGGUAGCAUGCAAUACCUCAUCGGAUUUCGUGAUUUGCCUGAUUCGUAUUAUCAAAGAAGGAAUGCACGUUUGGCUUCGAGCGGUGAUGAAAACGCUCGUCGUAACCUUCUCUCUCCUACCGGAGCUGAAAGUCUUCGAAGUCAAGGUUUAGUCGAUCGUGGUUUCGGCUCAGGACCUAAUCAAAUGGCAAGAGAACUUGCUAAUCGACUUUAUAUCGGAAAGAAAGCUCGUCCUACAGCUACGGCAGGUAAUGGUGCUUAAACAACGUUUAAGUGAAUUGUAAGAUCAAAAAAGGAUGAAAUUGUUUGUAUUAUACAUAUGUAGAAUUGUGCAAUCGAUGAUGUACAGUAGA